AUUUUUGUAAAAUUAUUAUUUUGUUUUAUUUUUAACACUAUAUAUUGUGUUUUUAUAAGAUUUACAGCUAUAUUACUGAUAUCUUAUUGAAGUGGUAGAUUCCAGAAUUUUUGGUGUAUUUUUAGUGAUUUUUCAUAAUUUUAAUCAAAUAUGAUUAUCUUUAGUAUUUUUUCUGUUUUAAAUAGAUGAAUUUAAAUUCCGGUGUUUUUGGUCACACAAUCUCUCCAUUUGUAAUAUACAAAUACGGAUUUAACGAAGAUUCCAACUCUUCUGAACAAAAUUGUGAACACUCCUCUAGUUCUGAUGAUAAAACUGAAGAAAAGGAUAUUUUAAACGAAGAUAGUUCAAAUAUCAAUGAAUCCAACCCCUCUAAUAAUGAAAAUAAUACUUCUUAUAAUGAAAAUAAUAAUUCAGUUGAUAAUAUUAACUCAGAAGAUUCUAUUAGUCUUGAUAAGGUGUCUCUCGGUGACUAUGAAUCUUCGCCUGAGAAUGCUGAGAAAUCCUUAUCAUCUUCAGACUUUGGUCCAGAGCCUGAUAAUCCCAACUUAUCAAGUUCUACAACGUCAAAUGAUACAAAUACGAAUGCUGAAGAGGAAGAAAACGAGCCUAAAAUUGACCUGAGCUACUACAAAGAAUACGCGAGGAAGAUGAAUAUGAUGCGCAAAGACGAUGUUGCAUACACUAGAUUCCUCAAUGAAGUUAAUAUGAAUGAGGUAAAGAGCCUUUUAUACGGAACCUGGCGUCCGGAAGAUAGCGAGAAGAUGUGGUUAGAGAUUACAGGCCCAGAGCGUGAUACGAAUAUAAUAUUCCACGACAACCAGGUUAUCACAGAAGAGGAAUUAAUACAGUCGAAAGACGAGCCGUGGGUGAUUUUAUCCUGUGAUCACAUGUACGAAUUUGUAAUGUAUGACGUGGAUAAUCGCAAUUUAAAUGAUAAAUUCAAAUAUAAUACUAAAUAUGUACUCUUAUUUGGAGGAGCAAGUAUUAAAGAAAAUGGAUUUAGUCAGUACUAUGUUAAUAUGUACGCAUUUCUCCAUGGUUUAAAGAAUGUUGUUGUCAGUGAUGACCUGUAUUACUUAGACGCCCAGAGUUUUACAGGAAAUUGGGAGUUAUUAAAAACUAAUAAUACGCCAGAACCACGUGCUUUUCAUGCCUCAUGUGUUAUGUAUGUAGCACUUGAUACCCCUAUUCUUCUUGUUUGCGGUGGUUUUACACACAAUAAACUACUUCUGGACACACACUUGCAUGUUUUAAACUUAACCACAGAACCUCUUACUUGGACUAUUUUUCAGACUUCAGGACCCAGUCCACCUAAAAGAUUUGGACACUCGAUGGCUCAAGUUGGCAACUAUGUUGUAAUUUUUGGAGGCUGUAACGGAUCAUUUUUACUUAACGACUUGUGGGCUUUGAAUGUUAACUGUGGCACAUUCUUAGUUCCUGGGAAAAUAAGCUCAAACUCCUGGAUGGAAAUACCGUUUAGAGGCCUUACACCCUCACCAAGAGCAUUCCACUCGACGUGUAAAACAGGGAUUUCAUCCACGGCACCGAUGAUUAUCUUUGGAGGGUUAACUAAACAAAUAUCGCCAAGAACUAGGCUUUAUGCACUUCACUCUGUCCUAGACGAUUACCUUACAUGGAGUAUUUUACCAGUCUACGUUAGAUGCCCCUACGAAUUCAGAACAUUUCACUCGAUGGCAUUUGUAAGCAAUUCUAUUGUAAUAACUGGUGGUGAUGAUUUUAAACACGACAAUGUAAGGAAUAUAAAGUCAGUUUGCUACACACUCGAAACAAAGGCGUUUCGAUACAUUGAAGAUGUCGUUAAUCUGUCUGGUCAUCAAUCAUGGAGUGCAUAUGGAAUGUUAUAUCACUUUGGAGGGAUAAGGAAUGAAGGGGGCAAGUUUUCUUAUGAAGACUCAAUUUCAAUUUCAAACCCUCUGACGUACUGCGACGACUCUAAUGUUGACGAGGUCUACUUAAAGUAUAUACAGUACGCCUCAAUGGUUCUAAAUGGCGCUAAUAUAAAUGUUGAUUCAAGCAAAGUACCAAAAACCAGUGCCACUACCGAUAUCAAGGCUCAAGGUUCAGAGCAAAUACAAUCCUCCGAUUCUAUAGAAGGAAAAGAUGAUGUUAAUGUAGUUGAAGGUGAGCUGGGUCCAACGUCUACAAAUGAGAAAUGUGAUAAAGAAACACCUGUAGGUCAAUCUCCAGAUGGAGAUAAACAAGUAACUGAAUACAACAUGGAAACUGGAAAAACAGUAAAAGACGAACCAGUGGCUAAUACUCAAUCAUUACAUCCAACGGGGGCUGUAGUACAUUCUAGGCCUAGGCGUUCAGCAGCUAUAAAGUGCCUAUCUGCAAUUGAAGAGGACCAUUUAAGGCAUAAGGAGAGAGAAAAGGAAAAAUCUGAGAAGGAAUAAUUUUAAAAAUAAAUUAUAGAGUUUGGAUGACUAAAUUAGUUGGAAGGUUUAUCAUUUCAUAUAAAAUAUGUAUUAGUAAUUGAUGUUGUAAUUUUUAUAAAAUA